AUGUCCGCCAGGAUCCUCUCCAGAGCCAUUGCCCGCCCCCCGGCGCCCAGGGUCCUCAAGCCGUCCCUCGCCAGAAACCUCGCCGCCGUCCACCCCGUCACCAUCUCUGCCGACCCCGUCACCAAGACCUCUACUCUCUCCAACGGCUUGAGCGUCUCCACCGAGACUAUCCCCGGCGCGUCUACGUCGACUGUUGGACUUUGGAUCGAUGCUGGUUCCAGGGCCGAUGCCGCCAACGCCAGCGGUACCGCCCACUUCCUUGAGCACCUUGCCUUCAAGGGUACCAAGUCCCGAUCCCAGACCCAGCUCGAGCUCGAAGUCGAGAACCUCGGUGCCCACCUCAACGCCUACACUUCCCGAGAGCAGACUGUCUACUACGCCAAGGCGUUCGACAAGGACGUUCCCCAGGCCGUCGACAUUCUUUCCGACAUUCUUCAAAACUCCAAACUUGAGGAGACUGCCAUCGAGAGGGAGAGGGAUGUGAUUCUGAGGGAGCAGGAGGAGGUUGAGAAGCAGUACGAGGAGGUUGUGUUUGACCACCUGCACGCUGUCGCUUUCCAGGGCCAGGCUCUCGGAAACACCAUCCUUGGUCCCAAGGAACACAUCAACUCCAUCUCCAAGGGUGACCUCCAACACUACAUCCAGACCAACUACACUGCCGACCGAAUGGCCCUCAUCGGUGCCGGUUCCAUCGAGCACGAGACCCUCGUCAAGCUCGCCGAGAAGAACUUUGCCUCCCUCCCCGUUUCCUCCAACCCCAUCCCCCUCGGUGGCCAGUCUCACACCCCCGCCGACUUUAUUGGUUCCGAAGUCCGAAUCCGAGACGACACCAUGGACACUCUCAACAUUGCUAUCGCUGUUGAGGGUGUCGGAUGGAAGAGCCCCGACUACUGGCCCAUGCUCGUCAUGCAAUCCAUCUUUGGUAACUGGGAUAGGUCUUUGGGUGCCAGCUCUUUGUUGAGCAGCAGGUUGUCCCACAUCAUCUCUAGCAACAACCUCGCCAACUCCUACAUGUCCUUCUCCACCUCCUACUCCGACACCGGUCUUUGGGGUAUCUACUUGGUCUCUGAAAACCACUCCAACAUUGACGACCUUCUCCACUUUACCCUCCGAGAAUGGACCCGUAUGUCCAUAAGCCCCACGAUCGCCGAGGUCGAGCGUGCCAAGUCUCAGCUCAAGGCUUCAUUGCUUUUGGGUCUUGACGGUACCACCGCCAUCGCCGAGGACAUCGGUCGUCAACUCAUCACCACCGGCAAGCGAUACACUCCCCGAGAAAUCGAAAGUUACGUCGACGCCGUCACCCCCGCUGAGAUCCAGCGAGUCGCCCAAAAGUACCUCUGGGACAAGGACAUUGCUAUCGCUGCUUUGGGCCGAACCGAGGGCUUGUUCGACUACACUAGGAUUAGGGCUGACAUGUCUUCUAUGAUGCUUUAA